CCCAAACCCAUCAUUCCAUAAAAACCCUACUUCCAAACCGUUAUACUUCAUAUAAAGCACUUCCACUUAGUUUUAUCUCAUAUCGCCUCCCUACUUCAAAGCGCGAAUUCUCAAUCACUAACCCUAAUCCCUUCUACUUUCAAGUUUCAAUCCAUCAACAAUGGCGGAAAGAGGCGGCGAUCGUGGAGGAUUUGGUCGUGGAUUCGGUUCACGUGGAGGUCGCGGUGGUGACCGUGGAAGAGGUCGCCGACGGGGAGGAAGAAGAGAGGAAGAAGAGAAAUGGGUACCAGUCACAAAACUGGGUCGUCUUGUAAAGGAAAAGAAAAUUACGUCUCUUGAGCAAAUCUAUCUUCAUUCGCUUCCUAUCAAAGAACAUCAGAUCAUUGAUGAAUUAACUGGAAGUCUUAAAGACGAAGUUAUGAAGAUUAUGCCCGUGCAGAAACAAACCCGGGCUGGACAAAGGACCCGAUUCAAGGCCUUUGUUGUUGUGGGAGAUGGAAAUGGUCAUGUCGGUUUAGGUGUAAAGUGUUCUAAAGAAGUUGCAACCGCUAUUCGUGGAGCUAUUAUACUGGCUAAAUUGAGUGUAAUUCCCGUAAGGAGAGGUUUCUGGGGAAACAAGAUUGGGAAACCCCAUACUGUGCCUUGUAAGGUUACUGGGAAAUGUGGAUCAGUCACUGUUAGAAUGGUUCCUGCUCCUCGUGGUGCUGGUAUUGUUGCUGCUAGGGUUCCUAAAAAGGUUCUUCAAUUUGCUGGGAUUGAAGAUGUUUUCACUUCUUCUCGCGGGUCUACCAAGACUCUUGGUAACUUUGUCAAGGCAACUUUUGAUUGUUUGAUGAAGACCUAUGGAUUCUUGACUCCUGAUCUGUGGAAGGAGACUCGCUUUACCAAAUCUCCGUUCCAAGAGCAUACUGAUUUCCUUUCAAAGCCAAUCGGUAAACUCACUUUGAUCGAGGAUAUUGAGAGGGUUGAAGCCUAGGCAUGUAUCGACAAUGAAAGCUUUUUUAGGUACUUGGGGUAUAAUAGGUUUAAUUGUUUUGGUUUGACGAUGCAAUGUUCAUUUUGCUGAAACAACCAUGCAGUUUUGUUUGAUGCUGAAUAUUAUUUUCUUUUAUUAAUUUCAUAUAAAUGCAAUGCUACUCUUUUAAUGUU